UGUGUGUGUACCCGACGGAACGAGGGGGGUUGAAGGAAGGCACACCAGCUCUCACCACAGACAAAUUUCAGUCGCAGUGCCGGGCUGCAGCAGAGCGCCUGUACUCCUGUUACUCUGCAGGCUCCACAGUCAUGCACUGCCAUCAGCUUCCUUUGAGAUCUCCAUAUUUGCGCGGGUGAGAUGUUGCCAAAUGUGAUACUUUCGAUGUGUUUUCUGGCUCUUCGGUUACGCCACGGUGCAGCUGAUCUGUGCAACUGGAGUGGGAGCGGUUUUGCAGCUGCCGUGGACUCCAGAAUCGUUCUCCAGGUUCGGCUACGCUGCACCGAGGGCUCUGUGAGGUGGGUCUACCCGGGCCAGGCCCUCAGGGUUGUCCUCGAGCCCAAUCUGUUCUCCGCCCGACGCAGCACAGUCUGCAUCAAACCGUCCCCGUCCUUCGGUGGAGCCAGCGUCUUCAUCGAGCGGGCCGGGGAGCUGGAGCUGCUGGUGACGGACGGCGGACAGGCCGAGCGGCAGGUGUUCUGUUUCCGCGCGGAUGGACCGCACCGGCCGGCCAUCUACCUCCAGACCAGCCUCCAGAGCGACGGACCCUGGAGCAGACGCACGAUGGGCUUUAGAUACGAGCUGCUGGGGAACAGGAGUGAUGCGCUGUCCAACCUGGCUUCGUGCCGACCCUGCAAUGACUCAGAGCUCCUCAUGGCCGUCUGCAACAGUGACUUUGUGGUUCGGGGCAACAUUAAGAAAGUCACCCACGACUUUGGCCGACAAACGUCACUGGUGGAGGUGUCGGCAGCGAGGGUGUACUGGCAGCGGGGCGGCGUGUUCGAGGAAUGCGCGGACUCCUCGCCUCUGUCGCCACCGUCCUGGCACGGGCACAUCCGCACCCUCCUGCAGUGUCACGUGAAGCCCGGGGACGGAGAGUUUCUCUUCACGGGGUCAGAACACUUCGGGGAAGCCUGGUUAGGGUGUGCCCCGCGAUACAAAGACUUCCUGUCUAUGUACUGCAGAGCCCGGGCGGCCCGUCAGAAUUCCUGCGACUUCCCUUUAGACUGAGUGAGGAGUUGUGUUGUUUGAGCAGCACUCAGUCCUAAUAGCUGCAACCAAGGCACUGUGGGAUACUUGGGACGCUGCUAUGUGCCACAGAGGUGGCAUCCAGCGCUACCAGCAGGGACAGAGCUACUGAGACGCUGGUGAAAAACAAAUUUGGAGUAAAGGAGCAGGGCCAAACAGCAGGGCCUCCUGCACUGAAGCUCAGAGAGGAUCAGGCCUUUGUCUCUGUCCCAUCACUGCCCUCAGUCCUGGGAGACGAAGGAGGGGUUGGGUUGCUGCUCUCUCUCUUUUUUUUGUGUGCCUCUCCCCACAUCAACUGUUGUUCACUUGGCUGGCUCUGUGUGAGAGCUGCCCUAUGAACUAAGGCGGGAGGGAAGACUUUAUCGUUGCCAGUCUGUCAGAGUGAAAAAAAAGGUCACUUUUAGUCUGUGAUAUCUCUGCUUUUUAAAGUUUUAAAAUGUCUUUGUUUUGUCUAUUUGUUCAUGUCGCAACAUGAAUUAAAGACAAUUGAAAAAAAAAUGUGCAUCCAAUGGACUGAAGAAAUACCUUGUGGUGAUCAUAUUAUUUCCCCUCAUGCAAAUAAAUGUCAAUGUCACACUGUUUCAUCAAAAAGACUAUUUUUUUUUAUUAAUGUACCUCUUGUUUUUUUGUUUUUUUUUUCCUUGAUACUGUUUUAAUAAACUAAAUAAGUAU